AUGGCCAAAUAUUCCGAGGAACAAUUGUUAGCUAUCAAGGAAGAAGCGCACGUGCCUCAAGAAGAGGUGUUAGCUGCGUUCAACCAGUUGGUAGAUGAAGUCAAAGCCCAUGCAGCAGCCGAAGCAGAAAAGUAUCGGUUAAGCAAAAGAACCAACGGAGAUUCAUAUUUGGAUGAACACGGAGUAGAAAGAUCAUAUCACCAUUUGAACAGAAGAAGACCCUCCAGAACCGGGAAUAAGCCCAAUUUAAGAAAGAAGUCCGUUGACGCAAUCCAAGUUGAUCAAGACGGUUGGGCUACCAUGACCAAACAAAGAAAGUCAUUCAAUGGAGAACAAGACGAUGAAAGAAAGAAGUUUCAAGAUUCAGUUAAGGAUAUAAGUGGGAUGAAGAUGAAACCCAAUAACAAGAAUUUGGGGUCUUCCAAGGCUGCUGACCCAAGAGACGUUUUAGCUGAUAGACACGCUAAUGCGUUCAAUGCUUUCCUGGCUUUAGGAGACGAUGAUGAUGAUUAG